CGACUCAACACCUGCCGAGCUUCAUAUUCUUCAAACAACAUCCCACUGUCGCAAAAUCAACACACGACGUUGAAAAUGCCGCGCAAAUCCAAGAACGAAGAUAUCAAUGAGGAGAGUGAGGAAGAGGAAGAGGAAGUACUCGCAGACGAUCCACCUUCCAUCGAGCCUUAUACCGUGUUGGGCAUCGAAAAAAGCGCCACAGGCGACGAGAUCAAGUCUGCAUAUCGCAAAGCAGCCUUGAAGCAUCACCCAGACAAGGCAGCACCUCACCUCAAAGAUGAAGCACACACCAAAUUCCAAGAAGUCGCCUUCGCAUACGCCGUCCUCUCUGAUCCCAUCCGCAGAAAGCGCUAUGAUACGACCGGUUCCACUUCCGAAUCUGUGGACGCCGACGGCGAUUUCAGCUGGUCGGAGUUCUACUCUGAGCAAUUCCGCGAUGUAGUCACUGAGGAUGCAAUCGAGCGCUUUGCAAAAUCAUACAAGAACUCGGAUGAGGAGAGGGAUGACGUGGUCAAAGCAUAUGAGAAGUCUAGAGGUUCAUGGAGAAUUAUCUACGAGUCUGUCAUGCUGAGUGAUCCUUUGGAGGACGAGGACCGGUUCAGAGCCUAUAUCGAUGCCGCGAUUGCAAGUGGUGAUGUUAGGGGGUUCAAGAUCUACACAGAGGAGAGCGAGAAUGAUAAACAGAAGCGGAUGAAGCGGGCGAGACUUGAGGCUGAGAAGGAAGCUAAAGAGGCAGAUGUUGAGGCGAAGAAGAUUGAGGGUAAGAAGAAGGCGAAGAAAGAUGGCUUGGGAGAUUUGGCGGCGUUGAUUCAGAGUAGACAGGUCAAUGCUGGAAGCUCGUUUCUGGAUAAUCUAGAGGCAAAGUAUAAGGCGCAGGAAAAGCAGAAGAAGUCGAAGGGAAAGAAGGGAAAGAAGAGAGUUCCAAGCGAGGAUGAGGAUGAUGAACCGUCGGAGGAGGCUUUCCAGGCAGCGGCGAAGAAGUUGAAGACUGGAAAGGCAGAGAAUGAAGGUCGGAAAAGCAAGCGUGCGAAGCGUUAAAUAAAAACGCUUUUGGGUUGCAUACCGGGAGUCAGGAUGGGCAAGGUAGGCGUUUGUAUGUAUAGGAUAGGUGA